AAUUAUAGAAGUGCAAUAAAAUUCUUCCUCAUUGUUAUCAUGGGUGUAGAAAACGCCGGUCAGUAAGGGGUUAAAUGAUUCUGAGCGUCUCAAUGAUUAACUUCAGAAGCGAUUAUCCUCAAAAGUUAGUCGACAGGUGAGUUUUCUUUCAGAUGCAGGUUUCAUGUAAAAGCAGAGGUCUGUAUGUCCUCAUGCAGGCAGCGAGGUGUGUGUGUGUGUGUGUGUGUGUGUGUGUGUGUGUGUGUGUGUGUGUGUGUGUGUGAGCGCUGGGUGGAGCAGCAGUGUAAGGCAGGUCUCGUCUCUCAUUGCGGCGGCUGGAGAUCCAUCGAGCGGCGGAGGAGGAACGUCGCUCCGGCGUCCGUGUGCGUGAAGAGCAGGUGGAGGAGGAGGAAGAGGAUGAUGAUGAUGAUGGAGGAAUCCGACAGCAUCCCCUGCACCGCGGAGGACGGGCUCGUGUCGAGCUGGAGAUGGAACAGAACCGCCCGGGACCAGGUCCAGAUCAAGCAGAAGAUCCGAGACCUGCCCGGUUUGUUAAAGCACGGACUGAACCUGCGCAAAAAGAGCCAGUCACCUGACACCAUCCCAGGACCCAGCACAGGCGUCACACCCAAACCCAAGACGUGUUCUCAGAGUUUUCCCUGCGCUGGACGUGCUUUGAGAAAUGCUUUUCUGUCUCAUGGACCGUAUCCAGCAAAAGACAAGAUCCACCUCGCCAGGAUUAUCAGGAGGAGUUACGUGGGUGUGGAGCUGGUCCAGUGGCUGCUGGAGCAGUGUGUGUCGGUUCAGUGCAGGUUGAUGGCGUCUGGUGUCUGGCAGGUUCUUCUGGAGCUGGGGAUCCUGCACUCGGUCGACCAGCGGCUGGUGUUUGAAGACUCCAACACAUAUUACCAGUUCUCGUUCGAGGAGUGCGACGCUCAGGGCUGUGAAUUUCGCAGUGAGGAGGAAUGGCAGAACGGCGUCCGUCUUCUGCUUCAGCUCGCCCUUACGUCCAGUUCAGAGUCGUCAGCCCGUGAGCUGCACAGCUACAAAAAGUGA